CCCCGGGUUGUGCGGGCGCCUGGAGCCCCAGCGAAGGAAGCAAGCGCAGGCCCGCCCUGCCUGGUAACCGUGGCCUACCAGCACCAACCAGCAGCAGCACCUGAGCACAGAACCUCAAGAGCCCCUCCUACAGCCCCAGCCCAGCAGUCCGAUGAGCUCUCAGACACGGGCGGGGCCCAAUGACCGUGGACAGCAGCAGGAGCAGUGGGUACUGCAGCCUGGACGAGGAACUGGAAGACUGCUUCUUCACUGCUAAGACCACCUUUUUCAGGAAUGUACAGAGCAAACACCCUUCCAAGAAUGUCUGUAAGGCAGUGGAGGAGACACAGCACCCGCCCACGCUACAGGAGAUCAAGCAGAAGAUUGACAGCUAUAACAGCCGGGAGAAGCACUGCCUGGGCAUGAAGUUGAGUGAAGACGGUACCUACACGGGCUUCAUCAAAGUGCAUCUGAAACUGCGACGGCCCGUGACGGUGCCUGCUGGGAUCCGGCCGCAGUCCAUCUACGAUGCCAUCAAGGAGGUGAACCCCGCAGCCACCACCGACAAGCGGACAUCCUUCUACCUGCCACUCGACGCCAUCAAGCAGCUGCACAUCAGCAGCACCACCACUGUCAGCGAGGUCAUCCAGGGGCUGCUCAAGAAGUUCAUGGUUGUGGACAACCCGCAGAAGUUUGCACUCUUUAAGCGGAUCCACAAAGAUGGACAAGUGCUCUUCCAGAAACUCUCCAUUGCUGACUGCCCUCUCUACCUGCGUCUGCUCGCUGGGCCUGACACCGAGGUCCUCAGCUUUGUGCUCAAGGAGAACGAAACCGGGGAGGUAGAGUGGGACGCCUUUUCCAUUCCUGAACUCCAGAACUUCCUAACUAUCCUGGAAAAAGAGGAGCAGGACAAAAUCCACCAAGUGCAGAAAAAGUACAACCAAUUCCGGCAGAAACUGGAAGAGGCGUUACGAGAGUCGCAAGGGAAGCCUGGGUAACCAGCCUCCUUCCUGUCCUCAGUGCCCGCCGGUUUAUUUUAUUAUUUUGCAACAGACACUUAUUUUCAAGACACCUCUGGGUCCACCUGUGCCUGCCCAGCAGUUAACAGAUGCGGCACAAAGUGUCUGUGCAGGGUUCGAUUCCUGCCAACCCACCGCGCCAUGACUCUGGAGAGGUUCCGUCUGGAUCAGAACUCAAGGAACGAACAGUUUCUCCUGCUCGAUCUGCUGGCCUUUCACAAACCAAAUAGUUGCCUCUCUGGUCACCAAACUCCAACCAAUCACACCAGCCGGCAAAAAGCAAAGAAAGGUUUUAGAACCCUGUGUUCCUUCUCUGGAUUUAGUUCUUCAGUUCCUCUUCCUUGCCACCACAGUGUCUUUAUUUAUGGGUCAAAUAUGGGAUAUUCAUUCGGCGAUGUCCUUGAAAGCAGGAAAUGCUCAUGAAAGGACUGCCCUCCUUGCCCCAGGUGCCUCCUCUUCACUAGGACUCGACACUCAGGGUUAGCCUGAGAUGUCAGAGGCUACAGCCCGGACCAGGCCCUGUCUGUCACGCCACGGCCUGUGCACAUGAAAACCCAAAGGCAAAUCCGUCCAUCUGUGUGGUAUUUCAGCAUGUCUUUGUCCGACGAUGUUUGUUAUGUUAGACUUCGAGUUUAAUGUUGUUGUCCUCCUCACGGGUCUCUACCAAAGGGAAACCGGCCACUUAACAAUUUUAGUCUCCUGCUGAGUCACCAGGAAGUCCUGCAGAGAAGCGCAUCCAAGCUGUCUACAGCCUGCCUGCAACUAGGAAGCAGUGGGGGCCUGGACUCCUGGGUCUACUCCUCUGGCCUCCAGCUCGGCCUCCAUCCUCUCCAGCUGGAGUAGCAGCCUUGAUUACACACAG